GGGAAUGGAGUUCCUUUUAUAGAUGUGGCAACUGAAAUUUAAGUAUGCUUAUUCAGGUUUGCACAAAUUUGUUGUUAAAUUCAGGAUGGCCCGUACCAUGGAACCACUGGCAAAGAAGAUCUUUAAAGGAGUUUUAGUAGCUGAACUCAUGGGCAUUUUUGGAGCAUAUUUUUUGUUUAAUAAGAUGAACACAAGCCAAGAUUUCAGGCAAACAAUGAGCAAGAAAUUUCCCUUCAUCUUGGAAGUUUAUUACAAAUCUAUUGAACAGUCUGGAAUGUAUGGGACCAGAGAGCAAGACCAAGAAAAAUGGCUGGGUAGCAAAAAUUAAGAAAUUGGCCACUGACCAGAUUAGAAGAAAUACCAUAGUAUCGUUUCCAGAUUAAAAUUCCAAAGCUGACACGGAUGGGGUUUGGAAUAUUUAAGACAAAAUGUCAGUUUUAAUUCAGAGGCCUUAUUCUUUGGACUAUGAAGAAGUUGACUGAAGAUAUGAUUACUGUUUUUUCAAUGAACUUUUGUUGGUGGGUGUUAUGAAAAUAAAGAUGUGCUUGUUAGUUCACCUAUAGUUUUGAAUCUUAAAAAUAGACAUAGUAGUAAAAUGUUUAUAUUUAAUAUUUAUUAGCUUAAAUUCGCUUAAUAGUAUCCUAAAAAUAUAGUAACUAGAAAUACUGCCUUUAUUCAUUCUCACCCUUCUUGAAGUAAUUCACACUGCGUCUUUGACGACAAUGUCUCUAGCACUACUAGAGGCUACUUUUAAAAACUGGCUCAACUAAGAAAUAAUUAUGCUGUAAUAUUCAGCUGUAAUAAUUCAGUGUUGUUUUAAUAAAAUUUACACCGUGCUUCAUCAUGACAAUUUAGUUUUAGAACAUUUCUACCAAUUCCGAAAGAUCACAGUGCUUACAUGCAGUCAUAACACCCUAUUCCUGAUUUGCCCUU